CCCAAAAUCUAUUCAUUCUCAACACCAAAAAGAACUCAUUCAUUCAAAAUUACAACCUAGACAACCCUAAACCCUUCUUUUUCUUCUUCCAACCUCCUCUAGAUUGCAACUCCCUUCGUCGACUCCGACCACUCUCGUUGUGUUGUCUUGUUCGGUAUUUCACUGCGUCGUUCUUGCUACGCCACUGGUAUAUCUCUUCAUCCUUUCUCAAACCCUUUUCUCUCAACUAUCUUCAACAAACCCUAAUCCCCAAAAACCCUGAAUUCAAUUUCGAACAACCCUAAAUUCAUCGCUCUCGUUUCACUUCGCGAUUUGCAAUAGCAAAAAUAUAGUCAAAUAGAGAAUGAGUAAUCACUUGACACCUUUUUCUUGCUAAAACAAUCAUGGUCGACCAUGCCAAUGGAUAUAGAAAAAUCUCAAGCCAUGAUUGCCGCUGAAGCCAUCCCCAUCUUGCAUAUGCUCAUGAAAACCUGCCCACCAAGUUUCCAUGAGAGGGCAUAUACUCUUCUGCACUGCUUACCAGGUUGUUUGACUGUCCCAGGUUGUUUGAUUGUCACCAUUAAACGUGGAAACAACCUCAAGCAAACAAUGGGAAGCACUAAUGUAUUCUGCCAGUUGACCAUAAGCAAUAGCCCUCCAAAACAAACCAAGGUAGUGAACCAUAGUACUUCUCUGGAAUGGAAAGAAGGAUUCACAUGGGCAUUUGAUAUACCUCCCAAGGGCCAAAAGCUCUAUAUCGUAUGCAAAAGCAAGAAUACUUUUGGGAAGCUUUCUAUGUUGAAUUUACAGUUGGGACCGCAACGACAUUUGUUAGUUUGGGAGCAUGUCGUGCAUAUGUAGUGAAGAAGAACUCUUCUACCUAGUCAUCAAACAACUUAAAUUAUGACUUGACAUUACACACAGAACUAUCAUCGGUAAAAUUACCCAUGGAGAAGUCGUGAUCAAAUUUAUCUACAGAUACGUAGUAACUAUACAUUAUUCAAGGCUUUUCCGUCGGUAAAAAAAUUCCUACGAGCCAAUUAUCUACGAACUUGUGUUCGUAGAUAAUUUUACGUUACCUACGAAAUGUUCGUGGGUAAAGUCAAAAUUUGCUGUAGAUAAUGACAACUUUUCUUAUAGUGAUAUCAGCUCUUCAAAUCCUUCAACAAACAUUGGCGCGAUAACGUGAAACAUAUUUUUCAUCAUAUAAAAUUCACAUUCUCAAUCAUUGUCUUGUAGAGGUGUCUAUGUCAUGUAUCGAUAUGAAAUUAUUGCAUAUACAUGUUAUCUAACACUAUUAAAUGUCCAUAAAUUAAAGUAUUUACAUUGAUAA